CUGGAGAUGUUUGCAAUUUAUGUCAGACUGAAGCUAAAAUGGAAUACUUGGAGAAAAAUUAGUGGAGAAAUUUCAUUGAAAUACCCCGACUGACUCGUGUCAGCAUCUACAGUUUGGUAUCGGUGAUCGGCAGGUGAUGUUCUCUUCGUGUGCUUGCAGCAUCUGAUACUGUUGACACUGAACCAUCAAGGCACUCGUACACCUGAAGUCGAAAGUGACAAGUGUAUGUCUGUGAUUUUUUAAAGUGUGUAAUCAAGUCCCGUGACCACCAUGCCACGGCCAGGCAGAAACAGUUAUGAUGAACAGAAACCGCCGUACUCGUACAUUGCUCUGACAGCCAUGGCUAUUCAGAGUUCAGGCGAAAAAAUGCUACCACUCAGUGACAUCUACAAAUUCAUAAUGGACAAUUUCCCGUUUUACAGAAAGAACACUCAACGGUGGCAGAAUUCUCUACGACACAACCUGUCUUUCAAUGAUUGCUUUAUCAAGAUACCCCGCCGCCCCGACCGCCCCGGCAAGGGAAGCUACUGGGCCCUUCAUCCAAGUUGUGGAGAUAUGUUUGAAAACGGGAGUUUCUUAAGAAGAAGGAAACGGUUUAAACUCAUGGGCAAACCGUUUUCAGCAUCGACAGCGGAAUCUAUCAAGGCCGGGUUGGAUACAGCAGCUUAUCUACAAGAACAGGCAAGGAUCCGCCUCCACCAGCUGGCCCCGGGGUCGAGAUUUCAGCCCUAUGGAAUCACCCCCCACACUCAGCCACACAAACAAUCGUUUAGGAUUGAGAAUAUCAUCGCACCCGAGUACAAAAGUUCGUCGUUGUUGCCGCAGUCGAUUUUCCCACCCCCAUUGCCGGCGUUUGCAAGUCAGUUUUCCUCCCUACCCCCCUCAAGUCUCAUCACCCCCUACACGGGUGGGGAUCUACCCGUGUCUCUUGCUGGAACAUUUUCUUCCCUGUCCUCAAGUUUAGCUGCGAGGUACGGAAGUUUAGCAACAGACUAUCAACUACUAAAAGCGGCCAGUCAUGACUUUACUGUUCCCAUCAAACCCUCACCUAUCAACGCUCUGGCUCUUGCGACAUCCCGCCGGUCAUCCAUCUGUACAUGUUCCAGUGUCGGGGUAACCCUCUCCCCUCCGGCUUCAAUCUCUAGUGUGGACAGUGUUUUACCCACCAGGGUAGCCAUACCCCCAUCAACUGUGUUAUCAUCCGGACCCGAGAGUUGAUGAAAUGUCUUGUCAACGAACUGGAUCCAGUGCUAUUGAAAGGCUGUGAAUACCAGCCACUUGGCUAGUUUCAAACUCGCCAUUUUGUGUUAGUAACAAAGAACUCAAGUGUGUUUAUUGAAGGCCUGGACUGAAGCCAUGUGGCAAUGGUCGUAUUUUGAGGUAAGACAGCGGUUUGUCUAACGUCUCUGCCGACAAACAAACACUUAAAAUAUUUCCUAGGUAACCACAUGCGCAGAAUUUCUGUCAGAAGUGAUGCACUGGACAGUGUUGUUUAGGAGUAAUUAUUUUUUAUUUGAAUUUUGUAAACUGAUGUUGUGGCAGUUUAUGAAGACUUCAUUUAUGUUGGCAGUUUGAUUAUGCACAAAUUGUCGUCGUUGCAUUUAUCUACAUGAUAACAUUAUGAAUUAAAUGUAUUAUCAGAAAUCA